CUUGUAUAGAGAUUCACGCUUCGGUUCAGAAGAAACUGAAUUCUAACAAGGAAAGGAAAACGAAGACGAAAUGCUGAUCUUCAUCAUCUCUUCAUUUUUCGUAGCGUUUUUUAUCGCAAUGCUGUUCAAAUUCCUCAAAGCAGAAGGAGAUUUGACUUUACUGUCCAAAAAGCACGUAAAGCGUGAAGAAAUUGAGGAUAAGGUUGUUUGGAUUACUGGAGCUAGCCGUGGAAUUGGAGAAAUACUUGCUAAACAACUUGCAAGUUUGGGGGCAAAGCUGAUUAUCUCUGCACGUAAUGAAGCAGAACUGCACCGUGUUAAGAGUCAGCUAUCUGGAAAACAUGCACCCGAGGAGGUGAUGAUUUUGCCCUUGGACUUGAGCCAGGGAGAAGAAUAUCUGGCAGUUGCCGUGCAGAAAGCAGAAUCAUUGUUUGAGGGGGCUGGUGUAGAUUACAUGAUUCACAAUGCAGCAUAUGAACGUCCUAAAUCAAUGGCAUUAGAUGUGACAGAAGAAAGCCUUAAGGCAACUUUUGAUGUAAAUGUGCUGGGCCCAAUAUCUCUUACACGGCUCUUGGCAACUCACAUGCUGAAGAGGGGAAGGGGACGUUUCAUUGUGAUGAGCAGCGCAGCAGGAAAAACACCAGCUCCCGGUCAGGCUGUGUAUUCUGCUUCCAAAUUUGCCGUAAAUGGGUAUUUUCAUACUCUUCGAUCUGAGCUAUGUCAGAAAGGGAUCAAGGUAACUAUUGUUUGUCCAGGGCCUGUGAAUACUUCAACUUCUGAGAAUAAAGGGCAUCGCCUGUCGGCAGAGAGAUGUGCUGAGCUCACAAUAAUUGCUGCAAGCCACGGUCUAAAAGAAGCAUGGAUAUCGGAUCAGCCGGUACUUGCAGUCAUGUACCUGGUGCAGUAUAUGCCGACAAUUGGAUACUGGCUUAUGGAUAAGAUUGGCGAGAAGAGAGUUGCAGUUGCUGCCCAGAAAGGGAACACUUACUCGCUGAGCUUGCUUUGGGGAAAGAAAGCAAAAUGAUUGACACGUGAUGAAAAUAGACAAGGUAGCAGGAAUAAGAACAUGUUCCUAUCCUAUUAUGCAGGGAUGAAAUUUCUAAGUACAAUCGACUGUUAAGCAAAUGCUUUUUAUGAAUUGUACGUCUGGUAGAUACGCAGAUAACCUCUAGCAACUUAAAUUUUCAUGAAUUGUUUCUACUUGUCUAUUUUAAAGUCGACUAGUAAGAAUGCGACUAUGGUGAUUAAA